GGUCCAGUUCGAGACAGGAUGCACCGCUCGUGGAAAUCCGCGAUUAUCCGUGCGUUUCAAAUGUCAUAAUCUUUCGGCAAAAUCGUCCGCGUUGCGCUCUAAAUUUCUCACGUGUAUUUCGCCCAUUCUUGCCAAGUUUCCGGUUCUAAUUAUCUCAAUUGAUUUUUAACGUUCUGUGAGUAUACAUAUCAAAAUUAUAUGUAUGCGUGUGUACUCUCGCAUUUGCUUUCCUUGAUCUUCUCCCUCUCUUCGAUAUGAAUCAUUUAUACGAUUCUAAAAAAUACAUUGAUUAUAAAAUUCCGUUAUUAUAAUUAAUCGUCGUUUCUUUAACGCGGCAUAUUGUCAAUAAUAUAACUUGGAUGUAAUAAAGCGCGUCGUUAAUCAAAUUUAGCUUUCAGUUUUAUAUAUAUAUGUAUAUAUUUAUAUGUGUUCUUUGUUUUGCAUUGUAUAUAUCUCUGAUCAUAUUUUGUAGAACGCAAUAUCUUUGCAAAGAGUAAAAGCAAUUCGCUUUAAUCCUCUCUCUCCGCAAUCCUUGACAUUAAAACUGUAUUAAAACGUUUUCAGUUUAUAGGUUAUAGUGUAUAGGAUGUAGGAUUUAAGAGAUAAGCUUUUUGAUGUAUGAAUAUUUUACUACAGAAGAAAAAACAUUUUUAACAUGAGACACUCCACUCCGACAAAAGGCAGUAGAUGCAUAAAAGUUGUUGAUCCGCAAAAGAGAGGAAUGGCUAUACCGAGUGCAAUACUUCAUAUUGUAAGACCUGUAUCCAUUAAGCAGAACCAUAAUACCUCUCCCUCUUCAGAAAACAGGCAUCAGAUUUUGAGAGCGCAAAAUUACAGAAACAAUCCUGCAUUGCUGCUCUCAGAAACACCCUUGCAUCCAUUAUAUGAUCCCUUGGAAAAAUCACUUGAGGUAAAGAGAAUCGGCCACUGGAAAUCCAAAAAUCAAAGCACAAGAUAUACUAUUUUUGAAAAGACUGAUUCUUCAAGUAUCAAAAAAACCAGUAUUUCACAAAAUUCACGAACGCCGAAGAGAUUAUCUCACAGGGAAAAGAUUAGUGCAUUACAAUUUCCCAAUAGGGUGCCUGCAUUACAAUCUGAACUAUUGACAGAUAACAAAGAUCUACGCAAAGCAAGUUCAAGAUCUAUAAAAUUAUCAAGGAAAUGCAACUUGUCACAGAUGAAAAAGAGUCAGAUGAAACAAGAGGAUAUACUUGCACUUUUGCCGAAGAUAGAGGCAAUUAGUAGUGUUAUUCGUAAACCAAUUGUGUCAUUACCAAGUAAAUCAACCUAUAAUAUUGUGGACAUCACUUCCACACUAUCAAGCUGCAAGAUUGAAAAUAAAAAAACGUUUGCGAAUAUCGUAAAUAAGGCGAAGUCAAUAUCUAGUACAGUGUCAAAUCAUUUGCAUUCCAGUAACAGCGAGUAUGAAAUAAAUGUGUUACAUUAUGAAAAUGAUUUUCCACUGAGAAGUAACUGCCCACAGUUUGCACAAUCUCAUUCAAAGUCCGAUAUCACAAAUUGGUCCUCUGUCUACAAUUGUGAUUUAGUCAAAUCCCAGACUGACAAUCUUACUAAUGAGAGAAAUGCAAUAAAAGAUCAUAAAUGUAACGAAGGCAAGACUGUAGAUGAUAUCAAAUAUUCAUGGGAAAUGAAUAAUUGGAUGCCACUUCCUCAAAGAAAAGAAACCAACGCAUGUGAGAUAAAAAUUGCUGAGAGAAAUGCCAGAGGUCCUUAUGACUGUAAAAUAAAAUAUUCCUGGCAAGUUAUUGGAAUAAGCACACAGACAUCGCAUACUUUAUUACAAAAUUUAUUAAGUAGUGUCAGUACAGAGGAUAACAAGUCUGCGUAUAAGAUGUGUAUUAAAUAUUCCUGGCAAAUUAUAGGGAUUAGUACGCAAGCGUCUUUGCACGAUUAUAAUGAUUUAGAUUAUUGGAAUGGCAUGUUGCUGACACCGAGUAAGAAUUGUAAUGAAAACGAGGUUGAAAUCGGCAAUGCUAAGACAUACGUUAAGCCGCAAGAUUACGCGAUAUAUCCAGAGAAAAGGUUGAAGAGAUAUUUGAUAUUAAACAAUCAGCAGACUCAAACGUUUGCCGAGAAAGAAGUUCAAGCCGAUCCUAACGAUUUCUAUGCAAAAUAUUCUUGGCACAAUUUAAUUAAACAAUAUCUUCAAAUUGUUGUUUUUCCAGAUAUGGAACAAAUUUUAGAAACACUGACCAAACAAAAGUCAGAUAAAUUGAAGCUGGAGCAAAUCAAUUAUGACGAAUUAUUGCACAAGUACAUGAUAAAACCAUUAACGCCAAAUAUUUCUAGUAAGAAAUCUGUGAUACUCGAUAACAGUAAUGAAAGGACGAAGAAGGAAGAACUUCUGAUGAGAUUAACAUAUGCAUUAAAGAGAUUAAAUCAAUAUGAACAAAAUAUUGAUAAAAGGAGCACAGACGUACAAUGUCUUGACACAGAAGAUACUUUUGUACAGAAAAAGGAGAUAUUACCCCAGAAUGUGGAGGAAAAUAUCAAGGGCAUUAUGCAAUCUGCACAGGAAUACAUAGCAAAAUUAGAUUAUCAAUUGAAAGAUCUCGACAAUGCUGAUCAGCAGAUAGAAAAUAGUAUGAUGAAAACAUUAAAAGAUAUAGACGAGACGUUUCAAUCUUUGUUAGAUGAUGUAUGCUACAAGGUCAAUAAGAGACGCGAACAGCUGAUACUGGAGGCAGAAAUUCACAAACAGGAGAGUCUAAUACCGUUGAGGGCUUGUAGAAGAGAAGUGGAAGCGCAAGUGCAAAAUGCACAGAAUAUCAUAUCGAUGAGCGAGGAUAUUCUACGGAAUCCACGUCAAUACAACGCGAAUGGAUUUGGAAAGAUCAUUUCCGCGAGUAACGAUAUAGGCAGGAUCCCGGCAGUACCGUAUUCUGAGGAACUUCCGAAUAUAAAUUUCGAUCGUCCAUUGAACUCGUACAAUGACGAGAUUGUGGAACAAAUAUCGAAACUUGGGUGCAUCUCCCACACAAUUCCCGUUCAGAUAAUGAAUGUUGAGGAGAGACCGGCAGGCUUGUUCGUUAAAUGGCAUGUAAUUAAUCCGGAGUACUAUGCCGAGGAACAGACAUUCGUCAUAGAGAAGGCUGAUGGGGAGAUUAUUGACCCGACAUCGAGCAAGUUCGAGACGGUGUAUAGAGGAUCUGAGACUUCUUGUUUCAUCAGAAAUAUACCUGUUGAUCAACCGGUUACGCUUAGAGUCAAGAUACAAGCGGACAAUGUUGCAAGGAGUGUACAUCACGUUGUACGAACUUCUAUACCACCUUACAGCUGGGAACUUGAUAACGAGAAUUAUAUGAUCACUAACGGUAAAACUGUUAUAAAAGUCACAGAUACCAUAAGCACGCUGUUUUCACGAGGGCCUCAAUUCGAUGCAAAUCACAUCAUCGAAUUUAAGUUUUUAGAAGUUCCGCAAGAAGGAAAUGAUGACGAAGGUAUUGCAUUAGUUUAUGAUCCGCAAGGUAGUCACGAUACUUUGAAGAGAGUAGCGUCGCUGAUGAUCACGCCUCAAGGCAAAAUCUUCAUGGACGGUGACGAGAAACUGAUGCGCCUGCCGAGAAUGCGUUUCGGUUCGGUCAUAAUGAUCUCUACCUUCCGGAAAAGUGCUCACGUUCUGCGAGUUAAUAUCGAGUCUGAAAAUAAAUGCGUCACGUAUGACUGGCGCAUACAAACACCGCUGUAUCUUGCAGCUCGGUUUACAGAGCAUAACAAAUGGCAUCUGACAAUCGAGUAAUGAAAUGAAAUGCAUACAAAGUUAUUUUCAUUACAGGACACAAUGUAAAUUUGCUGCAAUAAAGAGAGAAAGUGCCUUACA